AUGCCAGUCCCCGCGGACUGCGAGCAUCCAAACAUCACCACUUGUGGCUGGUGGAUCCUGGACCAGGAGCAGCGGACGCAGCGCUUCCUGACCGGCGACGCGUGCUUCGGGGGCGCGCAGCGGUCCGAGAUCGACGCCUUCCUGAGGGAAGGCGAACCGCCGGUCUACAUCGGCUGGGGCAGCAUGAUCGCUGUCUCGCCCGAGUUCAUGACCAACGUCGCGGUGUCGGCGCUAAAGCAGGAGGGGAAAAAACACACAGACACAAUUAAUCGUCGAUUUCCUAGAAAAUAUGGGAAAAUAUGGGAAAUGGGGGGGAAGACAAAUACCCAGAAAAUAUUGGAAAAUAUGGGGAAUAUUUUUAUUUGUGUGUAUUUAUUUGCGUGUCCUGGGGCCCCUUCACUAAAGCAGGUUGGCCGUCGUGGGAUAGUCCUUCGAGGCUGGGCCGGGUGGAGUCCAGAUGUUUUGGGGAAUCGGGAACUAGCCGAUUACGCAAGAGAGCAGGUUUUGUUCGUCGAGUCUGCCCCGCAUGAGUGGUUGAUGCCGAAGUGUGCGGUCUGCGUUACCUCGGGGGUGGACAGAACCCCCAACAGUGACACGUCGAUUAGUGAAUUGUCCGUUUUCGGUUCUCGAGAGGGCGCCGUGGCCGUUAUUUUCCAGGCGUGCGCCCGCCAGGUUUGGGCCUCAGGUCGUUUUCACUAA